AAGGGGGUCUGGUGACAAGAGGGUGCAGCUGGGUGACUGGGAAGAGGAUGGCUAGCAGGAAGGCUGGGACACGGGGCAAGGCUGCCACCAAGCAGGCCCAGCGAGGCUCCUCCAAUGUCUUCUCCAUGUUUGAACAAGCCCAGAUCCAGGAGUUCAAGGAAGCCUUCAGCUGCAUCGAUCAGAACCGGGAUGGUAUCAUCUGCAAGGCGGACCUGAAGGAGACCUACUCUCAGCUGGGGAAGGUGAGCGUCCCAGAUGAGGAGCUGGAUGCCAUGCUGCAGGAGGGGAAGGGCCCCAUCAACUUCACCGUCUUUCUCACACUCUUCGGGGAGAAGCUCAAUGGGACUGACCCAGAAGAAGCCAUCCUGAGUGCCUUCCGCAUGUUUGACUCCAGUGGCCAGGGGGUGGUGAACAAGGAUGAGUUCAAGCAGCUUCUCCUGACUCAGGCAGACAAGUUUUCUCCUGCUGAGGUGGAGCAGCUGUUCGCCCUGACACCCGUGGACCUGGCUGGCAACAUCGACUACAAGUCCCUGUGCUACAUCAUCACCCACGGUGAUGAAAAGGAGGAGUAGGCUUGGCGGCCACCUCAAUAAACUCCGUCCCCAC